GCAGUGACAGCUGAGGCCAGGCUUCCUCCCGCGAAUUGCCCUGCUCGGUGGCGUGUGGCUUUGCGAGCAAGGGACGCCAGGGCUGUCGGUGCUCGGCGCCCAUCCCCGAGAAGGAGGGCUUGGGGCAGGCAAACCAACAUGGCUGAUGAUUUCGGUUUCUUCUCCUCCUCGGAGAGCGGAGCGGCCGAGGCCCCGGAGGAGGAUCCGGCGGCUGCCUUCCUGGCUCAGCAGGAGAGCGAGAUCGCGGGCAUUGAGAACGACGAGGGCUUCAGCACGGCCGAGGGGGGCCCAGGGGACCCGCAGGCGGCGGAGCAGCCGGGUCCUUCAUCGGCAGCUGAUUUUGAGAGCACCGGGGCCACCUUGAAUGGAGAUGUGUUUCAGGAAUCCAAUGGACCUACCGAUGCCUAUGCAGCCAUUGCCCGAGCUGACCGAUUGACACAGGAGCCUGAGAGUAUUCGCAAAUGGAGAGAGGAGCAGAAAAAAAGACUGCAGGAGCUGGAUGCUGCUUCAAAAGUCUUAGAACAGGAAUGGCGUGAAAAGGCCAAGAAAGAUCUGGAAGAGUGGAACUUACGGCAGAAUGAACAAAUGGAGAGGAACCGGGCCAAUAACAGGGCCUCAGAGGAAGCCUUUCUGAAAGACUCCAAGGAAGAGACUCCUGGCACUGAAUGGGAGAAAGUGGCCCAGCUUUGUGACUUCAAUCCCAAGAGCAGCAAGCAGUCUAAGGAUGUGUCACGCAUGCGAUCAGUGCUGAUAUCCCUCAAACAGACUCCUCUGGCCCGCUAGCCUGGCCAAAGAGUGGCUGGGGCCAGAGUGAGGAUGCGGGUCACUCUUUUGCCCACAGAUGUAGUUGCAGCACAACAGGCUUAAAGGGCCACCGGUGGGGGACCCCAAAAGCAUCCCACUCCUACCCCUUCCUCUCUUCUACGUUUGCCUCAUUCAGGCUGGGUGGCUGCCUGUACCCUUCCCCUUGAUUUUACUUUGCUUAAAGGGUGUGUUGAUAUCUUUUACACAUAUUUAUUAACUGUGUGGUUCCUUGGGCAGCAGCCUUCUUUGGUUCCUGCACCUGCUGCCUUCAGGAAAAUCACUCCCUAGUUCACAGUGCAGGAAGCAUUCAUAUGUCCCCUAUCCACUGGUCAAGGAGGCCUAAGUCCCCUUACCCAACCAACUUUGCAGGUACAGUAAGUAAAAAGCAAUUCUUCUUUCUGACUCUUUGUACCAGGCCCAGGGGGCAAUAUCGAAGUAUCAUUUAUUGGCUGAAUUCUGCAAACAGAAAGCCUGAGUUUGGUUCCCAGCACUGUUGCUGUUUUCCCCAUAAUAAUGAAUCACUUUUUUGCCAGAGUUGGAAUUUAUGUGUCCGUUGGCACACAGCUUUGGUACCAAAAAUGCCUGGUAGGAAGCAGGUUCUUCAUGGAAAAGCAUACAAAGGAGAGAUAGGGUAAUGAUGAAAACUGUAGACCUGGUGCACUGAAAUGGCAAUGAAGUGUCUGAGACAAAUGCUGUAUGAAGUUGUGAAAUAGUUGUUGUGUGUGGGUGGGGACCCAAACCAUUUCAGUAAGAAACACUUCUGCUGCUUAAGAUACUUUCUCCCUGCUAGAAGAUGCGCCUGAAAGCAAGACUUAAUUUGGGCAUAAGUAAUGAAAAUGGGGAAGAACAGAUUGUGGGGGUGAGAUGAGAAGGUUCAAACUAUAAUCCUUUCCAAGGAGUGGUUAUUCUGUAUCUGCUUAAAUGCAGGGACACUAUAUGGAGUCAGCUGAGAUUCUUGCUUCCUAUUUGUGUUCUAAGAGAAGAUAGAAGUAAGGAGAACAUUGCUCUACGUGAGAUACAAGAAGUACAAGAAGAGUACUAGAAAUAUUUUAGGCACCUGAGCAAGUCCCAAGCCAAUUCUUGUAUUUUAGCCAGACAUAGAAUCAACAUGUCCCAUUCAAGUAUCAGUGUGGUACUUUAUAUCUUUGUUUUGGAAGCGGACAUCCCACCUGAACCUAUCAGUAUGUACUGGCCCCGGCAUGCUGUUGUUGAUGUCUCCUUUGCUCCUUAUAUAAUGCAUCAACCCAGCUAAGACGCAGAUGGAGAUGGGUCUAGUUUCACAAAGAGGAACUCUGCUAAGUGCUGUAUGGUCAGCUGGAGAUUUUUCAAAUAUUUCUUUCUAUAUUGCAGGUUCCUGCAAUUACCCCCCCUCCCCCAUUUUUGUAAUUGAAGGGGUGUUACAGAUUACUGGUUUCCCUUCUGGGCAUAUGCUGUGCUGCCAAGGUGCUCUCUGGCUCAUAUAAUAGAUGUUCUUCACCUUGGGCAAAUGUAAAAGUGGUAGUCCUAGCAGAAGCUGUAAAGCUGAGGGGGUGGGGAGGGAUGUAAAAUUGGAAACGCACAAUGGACACAUGUGGCUAUGAUGAGAGAUCUUGGGAAGUACUCUUUUUUUGUAUGUGAAGAAAAUAUGGCCUAUCAGAGGGAACUGACUUGGCAGUAUUCAGUGUUAAGUUCCAUAUAUUCGUGCUGAAUUCAUCUCCUCGCUAAAUUGACUUUCUGUAGAGCUGAUUUUGCUGAUCACUUAUUCCUGUGCACAAUGUACAGUGCAGGGUCCUCAUGUGAUGGUAUUACCUCAUAUUUCCACACUGAGGCAUUUGUGAGAAAAUACCCUAAGUAGAAACCUUAGAACUUGCCCAGGUAUUUCAAGCAUUUCCUCUGAUAACUUUUGAAUUUUCCAGACUCGGCCUAUGUCAUACCAGCGCUUCAUUCUACAAAAGAAUGUGAUAAAUGUAUCCCCUGAAGAUUUUACAGUGACAGAUCUGGGCCUUUUGCUAUUUACUUAUUCACAUGUAUAACAUGCUAAUGUCCUUGAGUGGUGACUUUACCUCAUCCUUUUCUCACACUGAAGCAUUUUAAAGAAACAGCAAUAGGGAAGAUGAUUAACAAGAUUUAUGUUUCUUGGAAAUCCGGAGUUGCAGAGAUUCAGAAAUACUCUACAAAGAUGAAUAGCCUGGGUAGUAUUUAGGAAGCCUUGCAAUAAGAGGAUCAAAACAAUGGGCAGGUUCUCAGUCCAGCAGAUCCCAGGCCUUGCUUCUAUUGGUUUAAGUUGCCCUGAGCUGCAAUUUGACAUUUGUGGUGGUCACACUAUGUACUGGGCUGGCUGCAGAAAGGAAGCAAAAGUGCAGAAAAAACAGGAUAUUCAUCGGGUACUUGUGUGUGUUUCCUCUGGAUAUUAUUUCUUCAAAAGCUGGGGGGCAAGUGGACAAACAAUACAGAAUUGGAGACAGAGAAGGGCCACACAGUAAGGUGGGGGACAGAUGCCACAUUGGCAGCUGCAGCCUCUCCAGCCAUCUGCUACAGAGCCAUUCACAACAUAAGGACAAGCUACUAUCUGUAUGCAAUCGUGGUCUGCCUAGUCAUCACAGUCCAGGGAAAUCAGGCUGUCACUUCUUCAGCCUUUGUUAGUAGCAAGAUGCAGGGCCUGCUCGAAGUUGCCGUCACCCCAGACUUUCACUAUCCCUCUAUCCUGUGUCACAAAUGCCAGGAGCGGCUGAGGUGUCAGGCAAGGUGGGAAGCUUUGCCUGCAGCUGUCCUGUUCCCCUCCUAAAGAUCUGUGACUUUGUUAAAUUAUCUGUUUUCAAUAAAACUGCCCCUGCUCCAGCCACAGAGCUAAGAAUCACAGAAUGCUUUAUUUCCACAUUUCUAUCUGUUGUAACUUGGGAAGUGCAGGGAGCAAUUAAUACAUACCUUAGGCUCUCAGCCUAGCAAGCAUCUGUGGCAUAGAAAUAUGGCCAAUCUGAAUAGGCACUUGGAGUGAGCUCUGUAAAGACACAUGCAGCCUGAUUCUUGUAAUUUUAUUCAUGCAAGUCUGUGUUCAGAUACAGUGUGCAUAUAACUGCAUCUUUAGAAAAGCUCCACAUGAGUUUAUAAAAAAUAUUGUGCAUCAGCAGAGUGUAUGAGAAGAACAUUUAACAAGGGAAAUAAUAAUCUUAUUUCAUUUUUAAACGUUUCUACAUUAAACUUCUCUUUAGAAGAAAAUAAUACAAAUCUAAUGUUGACUUCUCAUGAGAACGGACAGAUUUGAACUGUCACUUUAAAUUUCAGAACACACUCUAGAAUGGGGAAAUAUCCUUUGCACACUCUAAUCACUUUGUGUGAAAGAAAAGAUUGUUCAAACUUUUUAGUUUCAACUUAGCAGGCAGGUAUGUCUUACCAGUCCAUAAAAAGUUGUUUUCCUCCUUUCUGUAUACAUAUACCUAUUUGCCUCAGGAUAAGUUGCAUUAUGCCUGGCAAGCAAUUCACUAGAAUGGAUUGCUCUGUGCCUUAGCCAAGCAGCUCACUGCAAAACUGCAUAUAACUAUCUGCACUUAGUGUUCUUGAGAAUGCCUCCUUUGACCCAUGGAGGGAGGGAAUGCCUUUUGCAUGGAGUAUAAGUUUUUAAGCUUUUUACUGUUGACACAAGCUCAGCAUGAACUGAACUUGUUUGUGAACAAAUCAUGUGUUUUACAUCUUGUGCUGCAGCCUUGAUCGUGGGUUCUAAGAAUCUCUUAUUAAAAACAGUAGAUGGAAAGAUGAGGACCAGUUAUGCUUUUGGGGUAGCAGAAUCUGCAAGACAGCGUCUUCCUCCGGAAAUUUUGUUGGUAACACACUGGCAUAUAAGAAGUUCUCUAUUAUGUUAAGGAGGCCAGGCUUCUGAAAUGUCUGGUACUCUUAAAACUCAGUAAGUGUAAGAGAAGCUAAGACUGAAUAUUAAAGGCACAAACCAGUUCUCCCUAGUUUAAAUUGGCUGUAGUUCACUGCAGUGUUUUAAUGCCCAAGCUGUAAAUGGUAAAGCGAAGAGAAGCCACUCCUCUAGAGGAAAGAAUAAGAGAGAGACAAGGCAGUGUGUGCGCUACUUGGCUACAAGUUCUCCAGCCAUAUGUAGGUUACUCAUGCCUCUGACAUGACAAGUGCUAUUUUGCUUUCAUCUCCACUUCAGCCUUAUAAAGAUUGGCUCAGUUAAUGAUUUCUUAAACCUGCAAAGUAAUUUAUGCAGUUGCCAAGUAAUUAAUAAAAGACUCAGGCUGUAGUCUUAUGCAAUACUUAGAAUAAGCCACAUUGAACUCAUAUUUUUAUAAGAUAUGCAUACAAUUGUACUGUAGGAACCAGUGGAUUUAGUGGACCUGACUUCUGAAUAAACAUGCGAAGUACCAGGCUUCAGGCUUCUUAGCACAAGCAAUUUGUACUUUUAAGCAGAACAGCAAAAAAUCCAGAGUAGAUGAAACAGCUGAAAGCCAAGCCCAAUUAGAUCCAACCCUUAUUUGACAGGUUCAGAUGUGCCAGAUGAUCACGCUACUUCUAUUAUAUUGUGUGGCAACUUGGAAAAAUGAAAGCUAAAUUAAUUCAGUGCACAGUAAUGGGCUUUAACAGAGGGAUCAUUGAAAGCUUUUGCCACAAAGCCUUCAUUUAUUCACUUCAACUUGCUGCCUUCCCAGAUUUUUCCACAGCUGUUACCUACCCGGGAUUAUAAUUGAGAUUGCUGAAUUUAUACACAAAAAAGUAGAUUUUCCUUCUUUAACAGAGUAUUAGUCUCCUAGCUUGGGCGUGGAGUGCACAGUACCAUUUUGCACUACUUUGAUGGUGUUUGCUUUUUCUCAUUGAUUAGCAAAGUAUGUGUCAAUGGAAAAGAUGGGGAAAACACUAAGUAGAUCAGACAAUUAGACCAAACCUUUCCUCCCCAUAGCAUAUUUCCUCAAUCUCAUACUUAAUUGAUGGACACAGAAAAUAGCAAAUAUUUGCUCUAAAAUCCUACAACUGGAUAGUAAACAAGGUUCUUCUUACCAAAAAAGAACACUACAAUAACACAAUAGCAUAUGGACUGUCUUACUGAACAGAGGCUGGUGAGGGUGCAGUGUGGCUUGCUUCAUAAAUCAGUUUGUUAUAAAGGAACAAUUGCAACUCUGCCUAUGGACAGCUAUGACUUUACUUAAUGCAUGGAAUGGUUGUACAUGAAACAGCACUUUGAAAAUAAACUUUUUCCAUCUCUCCA